AUGGCUCCCAAGAAGAGAAAGAUCCAGGAGACCGAAGUCGUGGUCGAAUCCGGUGCGACUGGGGCCAGAUAUGCGGCUGGGAAACAGCCCAGACCUGAAAAUUCUCCAGCGGUAGAAGUGAAUUAUUUUGAGCCUUUGGACCCUGAGGGAGAGCUUUUUGCGGACCAAAAUUGGUUUAUACCUAAGUUCAAUCUUUUCAUUUCCUUUACACUCGAUUAUCUGGUCGAGAGCUCACGCGGUAUAUUCAAAGACUUCAUCAAGUUGCCCAGCAGAAAGUUCCACCCAGGCUAUUUCUACAGAAUCGAUCAACCCAUAUCCAUAAACGAGAUCAAAUCGCGAGAUUACGAGUAUCUCAAUGGACAAAGGACUUUCUUGCUGGACGUGGAGCUCAUCUUCAAGAACUGUUUUGCCUACAAUGACCCCGAGAGUCUGAUUGUGAAGAAUUCGAUGCAAGUGGUCAAUUUCAUCAAAUAUGAAGUUCUGAAGGCUAAAAAUGUGACCAGGAACUACUUAAUCAACACCGAAGUAAAGGCUUUUCUCAUGAAAGCGCUCAAGACCAUACUAGACGCCACGGACAAAUCCAUUGCAGAAGUGACGGGUAAGCCGCAAGAAGGAUUAGACGAGACGAUGCAUAUCUGCGAGCCUUUCAUGCAGCUCGUGGAUAAAGAUUCGUUCCCCGACUACUAUGAAGUGAUCCACAAGCCCAUUGCGCUAAAACUGGUGAAAAACAAUUUGGACAUGGGAUUUUACACCAAAAUUUACGAUUUUUACAUUGACAUGGAACUGGUGUUCCAAAACGCAUUGGUUUUCAAUAAUGAAGAUACACUCAUCCAUCAAGACGCUCAAAAGUUGCUCCAGUUUUUCCGGAAAGUAAUGCAAGCACAGUUUUUUGCGGACUUGAAAGAUGCCAGUGAACGCGGUGAAGUCAAACUCGAAUACGACAAGAUCGAAUACGAGCAAUAUUUGGCCAAUGGUGGAAACGAAAAUGAGGGUGGACUAGAGGACGAAAACGGUGAAGUGGAGGACUAUGAUUUCAAUCACUACGAGGGUCUUGGAAACGGAUACAACCGAACCCUGUUUUCGGGCGAUUAUCUUUUGGGCCCCACGAAAAUCAAAGCAGACGACUCCAGGAUUAAGAAACUCGCAAGUGAGCCUAUGCUCGAUUUCCCCGAUGAGACAAAAUUCAAUCUCAUGAAAUCCCUGGGCAUGGACUACCAGAAACCGGCCAAGGAGAAGUCGUACAAGUUUAUCAGUGAUAUAAGUCUCUCUUCUUCUCGCUCAGUCUACAGACAGGCCACUAAACCUGCUGCUGGCGCAAUGCCGCCCGUCAACCAGAAAUGGGUAGAAUACGUUUUCAAGGGCAAAGAUUUGAAAGAAAGUCACAACAAUUAUACGAUAUCGAUACCGCCUACGCAAACCACCGUGACAAUAGUAGCACAUGUCAAUUCGCCACAGGGAACAGACCUGGAGUCUGUGUUUCUGGUAAACAAGGAAAAAACGAGUCCCGCGGAAACCGCUACGCAGGCAGAACAACCCCAGCAACCGGCUCCGCUCAAAUACGAACUUCGUCUACCGGAAGGUCUCAAUUGCUUGCAGUUUUCAUGUCAGAAUUUGGAAAAUCAAGAAAAAGAAAGCCUUACCUUGUGGGUCAACGUUUUGUCGUGA